AUGGAGGACAGCACGCCCCAGCACCGAGAGGCUAACUCUCUCCCGCCUGAGAUGCACGGCCUGGACAACAUGGGGGCCGAGUUCCUGGAGAGCCUGGAGGAAGGCCAGCUCCCGAGCCGAAACGUGAACCGUGCAGAGGACGGCAGCAGCUGCCCGAGCAAGGCGGGGCCGGAGCCCCUCUCCCGAUGGAAGAACCUGCAGCCAGGGCUGAGAGCCAGGAACUUCUGCUCGGAGCAUGUACGGCUGUUGCGCUGGAUCCUCGUGGGCCUGCUGUGUACUGCCUAUGCUGCCUUCCUGCUCAUCGCCUGCCUCCUGGACUUUCAGCGGGCCCUGGCACUGUUCGUGCUCACCUGUGUGGCCCUGGUCUUCCUGGCCUACAGCCUGCUGAAGAGGCUCCUGGGGCCCAAGCUGAGGGCGCGCGUCAGGCUCCGCGGCCAUCGUCGCCUGAGCCUCUGGUUUAAGAGGUGUCUGGCCCUGGCCGCCGCCCUGGCCCUGGUCCUGUGGCUGUGUCUGGACACCUCCCGGCGGCCUGAGCAGCUCGUGUCCUUUGCGGGAAGCUGCGUGUUCGUGGCCGUGCUCUUUGCCUGCUCCAAGCAUCAUGGCGCUGUGUCUUGGCGGGCCGUGUCCUGGGGCCUUGGGCUGCAGUUUGUGCUUGGACUCUUUGUCAUCAGAACGGAGCCAGGAUUUAUUGCAUUCCAGUGGCUGGGCGAGCAGAUCCAGGUCUUUCUCAGCUACACGGAAGCCGGCUCCAGCUUUGUGUUCGGCGAGACCCUGGUCAAGGACGUCUUUGCCUUUCAGGUUCUCCCCAUCAUUGUCUUCUUCAGCUGCGUCAUGUCCGUCCUCUACUACGUGGGCCUCAUGCAAUGGGUGAUCCUGAAGAUCGCGUGGCUGAUGCAGGUCACCAUGGGCACCACGGCCACCGAGACCCUGAGCGUGGCAGGAAACAUCUUCGUGAGCCAGACCGAAGCUCCUCUGCUCAUCCGGCCCUACCUGGCAGACAUGACCCUCUCCGAGGUCCACGUGGUCAUGACCGGAGGCUACGCCACCAUCGCCGGCAGCCUGCUGGGCGCCUACAUCUCCUUUGGGAUCGACGCUGCCUCCCUCAUCGCUGCCUCCGUCAUGGCCGCCCCCUGUGCUCUGGCGCUGUCCAAGCUGGUCUACCCCGAGGUGGAGGAGUCCAAGUUUAGGAGCCAGGAAGGCGUGAAGCUGACCUACGGAGACGCUCGGAACCUCAUAGAAGCGGCCAGCAGCGGGGCCGCCAUCUCGGUGAGGGUCGUGGCCAACAUCGCUGCCAACCUGAUCGCCUUCCUGGCCGUGCUGGACUUCAUCAACGCUGCCCUGUCCUGGCUGGGAAGCCUGGUGGACAUCCAGGGGCUCAGCUUCCAGCUCAUCUGCUCCUACAUCCUGCGGCCCGUGGCCUUCCUGAUGGGCGUGGCCUGGGAGGACUGCGCCGUGGUGGCGGAGCUGCUGGGCGUCAAGCUGUUCCUGAAUGAGUUUGUGGCCUACGAGGAGCUCUCCAAGUACAAGCAGCGCCGCCUGGCGGGGGUCGAGGAGUGGAUUGGCUCCCAGAAGCAGUGGAUCUCGGUCAGGGCGGAAACCCUCACCACGUUUGCUCUCUGUGGAUUCGCCAACUUCAGCUCCAUCGGGAUCAUGCUGGGAGGCCUGACGUCCAUGGUCCCGCAGCGGAAGAGCGACUUCUCCCGCAUCGUGCUGCGCGCGCUCUUCACCGGGGCCUGCGUGUCGCUGGUGAACGCCUGCGUGGCAGGGAUCCUCUACGUGCCCCGGGAAGCCGAGGUCAACUGCACGUCGCUGCUGGGCACGCCGCUGGGCAGCAGCAGCUUCGAGGUGUACCAGUGCUGCCGCGACGCCUUCCAGAGCCUGGAGUUCAGCCCCGGGGCCCUGGACAACUGCUGCCGAUUUUACAACCGCACCGUCUGUCCCUAGCCGGGAUGGAAGGACUCCUGUGUCUGCGCCUCCCCUCCCCGGGCCCCUGUGCCCGUGGGGAAGGGGCGAUAGGGGCAGCAGGCCGUGGGAGGACAUCUCCCGCUCCCGGCUCCCAUGGCCCCAAACAGGGAACCAGGAAAGCUCAGGGUCCCCUCUGCCCCCUGCCUCCCCCACACACCCCAAGCCUUGUCCCCUCAUCUCCCUGUCUCAGCUUCUGCCUCCCCUCCAGGAAACCCCCUCCCCCUCGAUAUUUCCCAGAGUGGUAUCUGUGCAUCUCUGUCCCAUGCUGCCAUGGUGCGCUGGUUUGGACUAAUUAAAGUUCCG